AUGCUUGUAAAAAGUUCCAAGCCAACGACCAAGAUACUAUCAUGUCUGGGCCAUGGACUGGCUUGUUUACUAUCUGCCCCAAUCUUGGACCUCUGCGAGCAGGCAAAAGCACAGAAUGGACUUCUCAGUGACUCUGCGUAUAGUAAUCACGUCGUUAGAAUCUCGGACACGAUCGCAGUGAAGUACGGAUAUGGGUUUCCCCGGGCGAGGCUGCGACUCAACGCUACGCUUAUCAGCAUCUCAAUCACCUUCAUGGCCGAAAGGCUAUCUAUUAUGGAAUAUAUCCCUGGAAAAUCUCUUGAAGAUUUAGACCUGCUGCCUGAUGACAUCUCCGAGCGCCUGGCGGCCAUCGUUUCUGAGCUCGCGUCAGUAAGAGAAGGUACUGUACCAGGACGAGUUGAUGGUGGAACGCUUCAGGGCUACUUGUGGGGAGAUAACGGCACUGCGACUAAAACUCACCAACAAAGAGAUAGACCUGCGUCCGUAUCCUUUGUUUUUCGAAGCUGCUGCUUCUUGUGCAUGAAUGAUAAUUCUGGUUAUGGGGAAAACCUUUACAAUGCGAUUAUAAAGAUUGCAAAACUGGCACAGGAUGAGCAAGAGUGCGUUCGGGUGCUUUUGAAAGCCCGUGCCGCUAGUUUACGGUAUAUAUUUGAACCGUUGGGUAAGGCCUUCCGCACCGACAUUGAUUCAUUGCCCCUUUGCCACCUCUCCCAUCUCCGGAACCCUGACUGCGCUAGGAACCAAAAGAUACAUCGUGUGGCCUGUCAAACUACAAAAAAGAGGUACUACCUAAUGUGGCCAAAUAUUGUUUUGCAUGAAGGACCUACACAACUGCGAAAGGCAUUUACACCUUACUUCACUAUCACAGUUUUGUCAUUCAUAGAGCCCGGCCCAGUGGAUAGCUUGAUAUUGUGA